GGCCGAGGGGAGGAGGCGGGGCGCGAUGGCCAGAUCCCACAGUCCUGCGCUGCGCAGCGGAGGGUGCGAUUGAAUGACUGGCGGCGGAGGCGCGGCUGCGACGGCAGGUGAGGCCAGGCCAGAAUGGGGGACUCCAGGGACCUUUGCCCUCACCUUGACUCCAUAGGGGAGGUGACCAAAGAGGACUUGCUGCUCAAAUCUAAGGGCACCUGUCAGUCCUGUGGUGUCACUGGACCAAACCUGUGGGCCUGUCUCCAGGUGGCCUGCCCCUACGUUGGCUGCGGAGAGUUCUUUGCUGACCACAGCACCAUCCACGCACAGGCAAAAAAGCACAACUUGACAGUGAACCUGACCACGUUCCGCGUGUGGUGUUACGCAUGUGAGAAGGAGGUGUUCCUAAAGCAGCGGCUGGCAGCCCCCACUCCGGGCUGCUCACCCAAGUUCUCAGAGCAGGACUCUCCGCCACCCUCCCAUCCCCUGAAAGCUGUUCCCAUCGCCGUGGCUGACGAAGGAGAGUCCGAGUCAGAGGACGAUGACCUGAAACCUCGAGGCCUCACAGGCAUGAAGAACCUUGGGAACUCUUGCUACAUGAACGCUGCCCUGCAGGCCCUGUCCAAUUGCCCGCCGCUGACCCAGUUCUUCCUGGAGUGUGGAGGCCUGGUGCGCACAGAUAAGAAGCCAGCCCUGUGCAAGAGUUACCAGAAGCUGGUCUCUGAGGUCUGGCACAAGAAACGGCCGAGCUACGUGGUCCCCACCAGCCUGUCUCACGGGAUCAAGUUGGUCAACCCAAUGUUUCGAGGCUAUGCCCAGCAGGUAAGGGGACACCCAGGCCGUUUCCAGGCCUGGCUACAGGUGUCCACCACAGUGGAGACAUUCCAGGACCUGUCACUGCCCAUUCCUGGUAAGGAGGACCUGGCCAAACUCCACUCUGCCAUCUACCAGAAUGUGCCGGCCAAGCCAGGAACCUGUGGGGACAGCUAUGCUGCCCAGGGCUGGCUGGCCUUCAUCAUGGAGUACAUCCGCCGGUUUGUGGUAUCCUGUACUCCCAGCUGGUUUUGGGGGCCUGUCGUCACUCUGGAAGACUGCCUCGCCGCCUUCUUUGCCGCUGAUGAGCUGAAGGGUGACAACAUGUACAGCUGUGAGCGGUGCAAGAAGCUGCGGAAUGGGGUGAAGUACUGCAAAGUCCUGCGGCUGCCCGAGAUCCUGUGUGUCCACUUGAAGCGCUUUCGGCACGAGGUGACGUACUCGUUCAAGAUCAACAGCCACGUCUCCUUCCCCCUCGAGGGGCUCGACCUGCGCCCCUUUCUGGCCAAGGAGUGCACGUCCCAGAUCACCACCUACGACCUCUUCUCAGUCAUCUGCCACCACGGCACAGCAGGCAGUGGGCACUACAUCGCCUACUGCCAGAACGUGAUCAAUGGGCAGUGGUACGAGUUCGACGACCAGUACGUCACCGAGGUCCACGAGACGGUGGUGCAGAACGUCGAGGGCUACGUGCUCUUCUACAGGAAGAGCAGCGAGGAGGCGGUGCGCGAGCGGCAGCAGGUGGUGUCCCUGGCCGCCAUGCGGGAGCCCAGCCUGCUGCGGUUCUACGUGUCCCGAGAGUGGCUCAACAAGUUCAACACCUUCACUGAGCCGGGGCCCAUCACCAACCAGACCUUCCUCUGCUCCCACGGAGGCAUCCCACCCAACAAGUACCACUACAUUGACGACCUGGUCGUCAUCCUGCCGCAGAACGUCUGGGAGCACCUCUACAACAGGUUUGGGGGCGGCCCCGCCGUGAACCACCUGUACGUGUGCUCCAUCUGCCAGGUGGAGAUUGAGGCGCUGGCCAAGCGCAGGAGGACAGAGAUCGACACCUUCAUCAAGCUGAACAAGGCGUUCCAGGCCGAGGAGUCCCCCGGCGUCAUCUACUGCAUCAGCAUGCAGUGGUUCCGCGAGUGGGAGGCCUUCGUCAAGGGCAAGGACAGCGAGCCCCCCGGGCCCAUUGACAACAGCAGGAUCGCGCAGGUCAAAGGCAGCGGCCACGUCCAGCUGAAGCAAGGAGCUGACUACGGGCAGAUUUCUGAGGAGACCUGGACCUACCUGAACAACCUGUAUGGGGGUGGCCCCGAGAUCGCCAUCCGGCAGACUGUGGCCCAGCUGCAGGACCCGGAGAGCUUACACGGGGAGCAAAAGAUCGAAGCCGAGACCCGCGCCAUAUGACUUGCGGGUCAGCCUGUACGUUGUCCUGCCCUCGCUCCUCCAGGGGACUCGGGUCCUCUCCUCCCUCUUCUGUCCCCUUAAGUGUCCAAAGAGCCUGUCCCGGAACACACCUUGCAGGAGGCUGGGAGGAAGCCUGGGCGUGGCAGCUGCGUGCGGGGUGCUCCCGCAGGCCCCGCGGCCCCUGCGCGGCGUGCACAUGCACCGCAGACCCGGCCUCUCGAGGCCCGGUGCGGAGACGCGCGGGCAGUCGGCUUGGCGAGAGUGAUGCUGUCGCUGGGAAACGUGCUCACUUCAGGCUUGUCUAAAGGACCAAGACCAAUGACAUUUAUUUGGGUCUUUGUCCUGGCAGUGCCCACAUCAGUCACUGUCACCACUGUGUCCCCCAAACCUGCCCUCUUGCAAGCUCGGGCCCAGCUUUUGAUCCUGGAGCCCAAUGCCACCCUCGGUCAGAGGCCGUGACUCGGGACAGAGUUGCCGCAGCUUUGCAGGCGUCGUCCCCAAAGAGGGACAGAGGGGCAGUCGGAGCUGGCACGGAGCACGAAAGCUGAAAGCUCCGGGCAGUGAGGGGCUUGCGCUUGUCCUUCCUGGUGGCCCCGCUUCACCCCUGCAUCUCCUGCUCGUCACCAGAAAGGCACCUGACGUCCUGGUCACUCGCGCUUCCCUGCAGACUAAGACUCUGGACUCGGCGACUGGGACGCCAGUGGCUGGAUUGUCAGUUUUGGAGGCAGUUCUGUCAUCUGCCUCGCAGCUCAGCAGACCCCUCGCGUGGACUGUUUGCCAAGCCCCCACCAGGGCCCAGAUGGCGACACAGAAAUACCUCACACUGUUGGCGUUUGCUGCUAACGCAGCUUUCCCGGGGCAUCGUGGUGAAGACGCUUCCCUUCCGCCCCACGUGGCCGCCCUGGGGGCUGAGCGCCACCAGCAGGUCCUUGGGAGCUCAGCUCUGGGACCUGCUGAGCACCCCAAGCCUGAGGCUUGUUCCCCGUGGCGUCCCAGCCCCCAGGGCGAGGUCCUCACCUUGUGGGUGGGGAAGGGGUCCUGGAGCCAAGCCCCCAGACUGCUGUGGCCUUUGUGCGGUGCCUGUUGCACUGUUGGCCCCGUGCAGGUUGCGCUGCCCCAGGUGUGCCAGGUCCAGCCUGUGCUCAGAAUGUCAUAAUAAACACAGAUGCGCCCUGCAGCCCGCACUGUUGCCUCCGCGCGCACUGCAGUCGACUGUCUCCGAGGGAAAAGUGAGGCUCCCCCACCGUGGGCGGGGGCAGGAUAAGGGGCUUCUGUGCUCACAGGUCUGUGGGGCCGUGGUUGGCCAUGUCGCAAAUGACCUGUGUGGGAUGGGCUCUGAGCAGGGCUUCCUGAAGCCAGGGCCAGUCUGGAUGGAGGCCGCUGAGGCUGGGGCACGCGGAGGCCAGGCCACCUUUGACACUGUCGGCACCUUGGCUUUCCUGGAACCAGCUCCAGCCCAGAGGAGCAGGGCCAGCAGUGGCUGAAGCCAGCACAUCCCCAGGCUGGCCCCCACUGGCCACCCAGACAGGUGGCUGUGUCCCUCCCAGGCCCCAGGCUCCUGGUGGGGGCGGCCCUUCCCACACCCCAGCGCUGGGGGCUCCCAGACGGCGGCGUCUCUAGUCCUGCCUUUUUCAUUGGGUUUUUACUCCUCGAGCUUUUUUUGCAGGGUAGAAGAAUUUGAGAUUUUAGGCAUUACAUUAAAAACACUUGUAAAAUGCCAUCAGGUAUGAGCACAGAGAAACAUGUUCAACAGAAAGAAUGAAAAGCUGGGUGACAAGGGCCUGUCCCCAGGGCCCUCCGGGUCAGUCUGCCCCUUGCCCCGCCCAGAGCUGUCUCCUUGCCCGCGCGUCACUCAGACCUCUUUUAGUUACAGUACGCGUGUGUCUCUACGCAGUAUUUUUAGCUUCGCUCACAUUUGAAGGUUACAUACAUAUGAAGUGCCGUGGUGCAUGUUUUGUGACUGGCUUUCUUGUUUAACACGGAAGAUGAGAAUGAA